CGUAUAUUUACUCAAAAUCAACCCUCACACUCAUAUUCCAUUUCAAUUAAGGCUGUGUGUGUUGUUGUUGUGUUGUCUGUUGUAAUGUUUGAUGCCCAUAAAACAUAAGACUCCACCAGAGAAAGAAGAAACCAAUCCAAUCCAUCCCCUCCCCCCUCAUUCAUUCUCCCAUCCCCUCCUCAUUUAGAACAAAUCAUUCAUUCACAUCAGACAGAGAGGAAGAGCACAACAGGCAUGAAUCAUUCGUAUCGGUUCUUGAUUUGAUCAGCAGGGCAUCGAGGCGCGGGAUCGUCGUGUUCUCUUUAUCUUCUCUGUCUUUCCGGCUUCGUCGAGAAUGGCGGUUCAGGCUCAGUACCCAUCAAACGUUCUCUUCCUCAACAGAAACGUGCAAGAGGGUCAGGACUACUCAUUGCAGCCACACCCGGCAGGAAUAUUUCUCGACCAAUCACAUGUCUUGCACAAUAAUGGAGGGAUGACUAACCAGCGCAAGAGAGGGAGGGAAGCUGCUGACAAUAACAUGGUCGGUCCGUCUUCUUCGAUGAAUGUUUACUCUCUUUCUCAGCAACCUCAGCAGCCUCCACAGCUCAUAGACCUUUCCCAGCUCCAUAACAAUUCAGUAUCUACUGGGCUUCGGUUGUCCUUCAACAACCAGCACCACCACCACUACCAUCAACAGCAGCAGCAGCAGCAGCAGCAGAAAAUUGUCGACAACUCCUCUGAAAUACUGUCUAUGUUCAAGGAAGAUUUGACUGCUCAUGUCAGGCAACAGAGGGAAGAAAUCGACCAAUUCCUCCUUGCCCAGGGAGAGCAGUUGCGGCGUACAUUAGCAGAGAAGAGGCAGAGACACUACCAUGGGCUGCUGGGCGCGGCAGAGGAAUCCCUCGCCCGGAGGCUACGCGAGAAGGAGGCGGAGGUCGAGAAGGCCAGGCGUAGGAACGCCGAGCUGCAGGCUCGCGCCGCCCAGCUCGGAGCGGAGGCCCAGGUCUGGCAGGAGAAGGCCCGGUCCCAGGAGGCCGCGGCGGUCUCCCUGCGGGCCCACCUCCAGCAGGCCAUGAUGGGGGGCGGGGCGCACGACAGGAAGGUCGACAGCUGCGGAGUUGCCGUGUCCGAGGGCCAGGCGGCGGAGGACGCGGAGUCGGUGUACGUCGAUCCGGAUCGGACCGCUUUGUCGGAGCCGAGCUGCAAGGCCUGCCGGAGGCGAACGGCGACGGUGCUUCUGCUGCCGUGCCGGCAUUUGAGCUUGUGCAAGGAGUGUGAGCGCGUGGCCCACACGUGCCCGCUCUGCUAUUGCGCGAGAAGUUCCAGCAUCGAGGUUCAUCUCCCAUGAGGCCGAUAUGGUCGGCCCAUUAAUGAAGUAUCGGCCCGCUAAGAGGCCCAAAGAAGUCGAAGAACAACCCAAGGAACGAGACAUAAGAAAUCAAAUCAAAUCUAAUAAACGAAUUACAGGGAUCUCAAAAAGAAAAGCUUUCAUUUAAUUUAGUUUUCUUUUCUUUUUUAUUUUCUUGGAGUGCUUCCCUUUGAAACGGAGGACCCAGGGGAUGUACAUGGCUACAACUUAUCGGUUUUUUUUUAAGUUAGAAAUUAAUUCAACAGAUGGAUUCUUUUAUUGUGAAUCUUGCCAUUGAAUUUUCUUUGUGGAACAUAAAAUUAAGUCAUAUUUACAUUGUGA